GUUCAUCUGACAAUUACACAAAUCAACGCCUGAACGUUCAUUAUCAUGCAAUUCUUCAGCAUCCUUACCACCCUUUUCUUCGCCAGCACCGCUAUGGCGGCCUGCGCUGCUGGUCCGUACAAAACACAAUCAGCCUGCAAGAGCGGCUGCGAUCAGGUUAAACGAUGUGGCGACGAUAACUGGGUAAUUCUGUGCAACGGUGGUUACUGGCAACAGGCCCAGAAGUGCAACCACUGCAAGGGCGGCGCGUGCGCUUCUUAAGCCAACACGUGGGUCUGGGUUUAACAUUUGAUACGGGAUAGGGAUUAAGUCAAGUGUUACCGGC